AUAAUGUCGAGAAAAGGGGUUAAGUACCGAUCGAGUUGGACGCUGCACGACGAAAAUAUCGAGAAUGUGGAGCAUGUGAGCCUCGAUCCCAAGAUUCAGCGGGAACUGGGUUGCUCGGUCGGCGAGCACGUGUUUCUGGAAUAUCCUUGGGCGUACGUGUCGCGAGAAGUUGUUUUGAGGCUUGCCAGCGUCGCGGGCUCGUCGCUGGAGCCGUAUCGAGACAGGAUCGAAGCUUACGGCGGCGAUACUUUCCUCGUGGGCUAUUCGUCCACCGAAUUGACCGGUCGCGACUUCGUGAUCUGCUUGACGGAGGACGCGAGAUCGGCGAUAGUGAGGAGGAACGCCGACAUCAAUAAAGAGAUCCGAAGCAAGAUAAUCCAGACGAUCGAGAAGACCGGCAGAUCCUGGAAGUAUCUCGAAAGCGAGACGAUCGUAGAUGAGGACUUGGUCGGAAGCACGAGAGAGUUCUUCGAGAUGGACGUGUGCCUUCCGACCAAGUCUUUAGGUCUAAACCGGCAGCUCUGUGACAGAUCUUCGGAAGGCUCUUGGGACAGUUACGUGGAGUUAAUUCCGUACGAGAGAUUCGAGAAUGUCGAGAGAAAAUGCGUCUCCAAGAUGAUCCAAACGCACUUCGAGCCGCGGGAAAUUGAAGUUCAAACCUAUCCCGGUUAUCCUAAGAACGCCUGGACUCAGUACUCUUACGAGGACACUCUGGGACUGCAAGUUGAUAACGUCGAGUCGGAGGGGGAGGAAAAGGAGGCGGAGGAAAAAGAGUCGGCCGGGGAAAAAUCCGAGAAAGAGUCUGAGGAGAGGAAGACUGCCGAAGGGUCGAAAGAGGUGUCCGAGAUCGACGCGGAGCAGAGGCCGGCGGAGAAGAGUCCCUUGGAGCUCUUCUUGGAAGAUCGCACUCGGGAAAUGAUCGAGGCCGUGUGUUACAAUACGGUCGUGAACGUGCACGUGGACGACAUCGAGACGCUCGCGCGGCGAGAGUUUCAAAUUACCCGGCCGCGAGAUGAGAUCACUUGCGCGGAACGCUUCUCCCUCGUCGACUUGCGCUUCACGGCAGGCAAGGUUAUCUCCGACGCUUCCUGGCAUCCGGGCCUCGUCGGAUACGUGGCUGUCUCUUACGUUGUCGCAUCGUCGCGCGAGAUCGGCCGAUCCUCGUCGAACGUCGAGCGUGACGUCGUAUCGAGAUCCAUGCCGACGGUGUUGCUGUGGUCCCUCGCCGAUUCUCUUCGGCCACGACUGUCAUUGUGGUGCCACCAGGAGAUCUACUGCGUCUCCUUCUGCCCGAUGAACAGCGACUUUGUAAUCGGCGGUGCCGCGUCCGGUCAAGUGGUCGUCUGGAAUAUUCACGGGCAGAUAGAGGAUCGAGAUAUCGAAGAUAUCGAUCGAAAUAAUAUCGGAGUUGAUUUUUGGUCUCAAGACACCGUUUCUAUCACCUCCGCGUUCGUGAUAUCCGAUCGGGAUCACUCGCACGAGCUGCCGAUUCGUCGGAUACAAUGGCUUCCCGAUAAUUACAGGAUAGAGCCAUCCGGGAAACUGACGAAACUAUCGACCAGCUCGAGCUGUCAGUUUCUGACGAUUUCCGAGGACGGUAUCGUCGCCAUUUGGGAUCUUCUCCGAUACUCCGUUACCUCUCAGCUAAGGCCGAGCGAUCGCGAGGAUCUUAACGGUAUUUUUCGACCAAUGUAUCGCUUGGACGUACGGCCUUCCGAGAACCCGUCUUUUACACCUCUUCACCUGUGCCUCCCGUCCGUCGAUGCCUUUCAAGAAAAUGAUAGGCGUCGUAACGAAUUAGAUUCCACGGAUGUCGACUGCACGAAGAGAUUGUGGAUCGGCACGGCGCAGGGACAUUUUGCAUGCUGCACUUGGGAGGGCCAGGUGUUCGACGUGGAAACGUCCGGUUUAGAGGAGUGUAAACUUGUUAAUUGCUCGUCCGCGCACGACGGUCCCGUUGCGGCGAUCCUCCGAUCGCCGCAUCUUUCGGACGUUCUCCUGACGAUGGGCGGCCGCGUCUUCGCCAUUUGGAAGGACGAUUAUCUGGACCAUCCUUUGUUCAGACGGAAAUCCAGUUGCGUGUACACCGCGUGCUGCUGGGGCAAUCGGCCGGGAACCUUUCUGAUGGGUACCAGUUCGGGCGACCUGGAGGUGUGGGAUAUCAAGAGGCGGGCGAACGAGCCGGUGUUCACGCAGACUAUUUCUAGAAAACCGAUAACUCUCUUAUCGCUUCAGGAGUUGUGUAAACACGGUCGCAAGUUGAUCGGCGCGGGCGAUUGCAACAGUACUUUUCGUAUUUUUGAGGAACCGACGGAAUUCGAGGACGAUACGCUUGAAAGGAUGGACUGGUUUGAAGAAUACAUAUGGCGAGAGGUGAGAAGAAAGAAGAUGUUUUCUUCGUGGCAGAAGGAUAUCUUCGAAAAUGACACGACAGCCAUCGCUAGAAGACAAGCGAGAAUAGACGAAGAAAAUAGAUUGAAACUUGAAAUGGCAAGGCAGAAACUUCAAAGAGAACAUGAAGAACGGCUGAGAUUGGAGGCUGAAAAAGAAGUACGCAAAAUGCCGAAAUCCAAGGACACUGUAUGGAAACUGCGUCAACAAGAGAGAAUGAAGAAGGCCCUUUUGGAGAAGAAGAAAUUUCUUCCACGGGAACUAGAGGAGAAGAGAUUGCCGUUGGUCCGUUUAACUGAAGAGAGGAAUCUAAAGAUGGUCAAAGCAAAGAACGAGGCCGCCCUUCAGGAUGAGCAUUUCGAUAACUUUGUGUCUCUCAAAUUUCCCGAGCAUUACGAUAUUAUAGAAAAAGACGAGAUCUCGAAAGAGAGACGCGAGACGGAGAAGGACGAAGAAUCGAUAGAUGUAUAUCUGCAAGAGUUUUAUAAAGUCAGGGAUGAGGCGCGAAAGAUAAUAGCCGAGAAGCCGUACGUUCCAAAAUUUGAUUGGAACACUUUUAUGAAGAAGGGAAAGGGACGGUUACAAAACAUGAAAAAUUUGUAAAUAUAAGAGUAUACAGUACUUUUCCGGGAGGCUUUCUUACAAAAAGAGUGGCUGCCGUUUCAAUGUUACACGAUGAUAAUUUAGGUUGCAAAUGUGAGUUGAUAAGAUAAGAUAGUCUAACAAUUGCUCAAAUUUCUUUGAAUAAUAAACUGCAUAUAAUUGCAAUGCACAAAAGUGUAUUGAAAUUAUUAACUUUUAAAGAAUAAU